GACGCGCCGAGGGGCAUCGCCACGUUGAGCUGCCGGGACCCGAGAGGUUUGGAAGAGCCUUUUGAUCCAGAAAUCACCAAGAGCUGCUCCAGUAUGGGACAUAAGUACACUCAAGCUAGCUAAAGAAAACAGAAAGUGAGAAGAGAGACCAGUUGCACUGAGAAACGAAGAGCUACUGAGUGCAUCCACCAAUCUGAUUGACUUGCUCAGGGAAGCUGAACCAUCUAUCUCCAGAAAUGUCUUUGAAAAGUAAAGAGCAACAUAAUGUUUCACACAGGGACUCAGCUGAAGGAAAUGACGGUUCCCAGUCUGGGAUCCAUUUGGAGCAGCGAAAGGAAUCAAGUACUGACUUCAAGCAAUUUGAUGCCAAUGCUCAAUGCAGACCUUAUCCUAGGAUUCAUAUGGAGCCUCAAGAGAAAUCAAAUACUAACUUCAAGCAGUUUGUUAUCAAAAAGCUACGGAAGAAUUGCCAGUGUGGCCCAACCAAAGCCAAAAAUAUGAUUUUUGGUUUCCUUCCUGUUUUGCAGUGGCUCCCAAAAUAUGAUAUAAAGAAAAACAUUUUAGGAGAUAUGAUGUCUGGUUUGAUUGUGGGCAUCUUAUUGGUGCCCCAGUCCAUUGCUUAUUCCCUCUUGGCUGGCCAAGAACCUAUCUAUGGUCUGUACACAUCUUUUUUUGCCAGCAUAAUUUAUUUCCUAUUGGGUACCUCCCGUCAUAUCUCUGUGGGCAUUUUUGGAGUACUGUGCCUUAUGAUUGGUGAGGUAGUUGACAGAGAACUGCACAAAGCUGGCUAUGACACUGCCCAUAUUGCUCCUGCUUUAGGAAAGGUUUCAAAUGGGAGCACAUUAUUAAACCAGACAACAGACAGGAUAUGUGACAAAAGUUGCUAUGCUAUUAUGGUUGGCAGCACUGUAACCUUUAUGGCUGGAGUUUAUCAGGUAGCAAUGGGCUUCUUUCAAGUGGGCUUUGUUUCUGUCUACCUCUCAGAUGCCUUGCUGAGUGGAUUUGUCACUGGUGCCUCCUUCACUAUUCUUACAUCUCAGGUGAAGUAUCUUCUUGGGCUCAGCCUUCCUCGGAGUAAUGGCGUGGGCUCACUCAUCACUACCUGGAUACAUAUCUUCAGAAACAUCCAUAAGACCAAUCUCUGUGAUCUCAUCACUAGCCUUUUGUGCCUUUUGGUUCUUUUGCCAACCAAAGAACUCAAUGAGCACUUCAAGUCCAAGCUUAAGGCACCCAUUCCUACUGAACUCAUUGUCGUUGUGGCAGCCACAUUAGCCUCUCAUUUUGGAAAACUAAGUGAGAAAUACAAUUCCAGUAUUGCUGGACUUAUUCCCACUGGGUUUAUGCCACCCACAGCACCAGCAUGGAACCUAAUUACCAGCGUGGCUGUAGAUGCAAUAGCUAUUUCUAUCAUUGGUUUUGCUAUCACUGUAUCACUUUCUGAGAUGUUUGCCAAGAAACAUGGCUACACAGUCAAAGCGAAUCAGGAAAUGUACGCCAUUGGCUUUUGCAAUAUCAUACCUUCCUUUUUCCAUUGCUUUACUACUAGUGCAGCUCUUGCAAAGACAUUGGUCAAAGAAUCAACAGGCUGCCAAACUCAGCUUUCUGGUGUGGUGACAGCCCUAGUUCUUUUGUUGGUCCUCCUCGUAAUAGCUCCUUUAUUCUAUUCCCUUCAGAAAUGUGUUCUUGGUGUGAUCACAAUUGUAAAUCUCCGGGGAGCCCUUCGUAAAUUUAGGGAUCUGCCCAAGAUGUGGAGGGUUAGCAGAAUGGAUACAGUUAUCUGGUUUGUAACUAUGCUGUCCUCUGCACUGAUAAGUACUGAAAUAGGCCUGCUUGUUGGGGUUUGUUUUUCCAUGUUUUGUGUCAUCCUCCGCACUCAGAAGCCAAAGAUUUCAUUGCUUGGCUUGGUGGAAGAAUCUGAAAUCUUUGAAUCCAUGUCUGCUUAUAAGAAUCUUCAGACUAAGCCAGGCAUCAAGAUUUUUCACUUUGCAGCCCCUCUCUACUACAUAAACAAAGAAUGCUUUAAAUCUGCUUUAUACAAAAAAACUGUCAACCCAAUCUUAGUAAAGGCAGCUCAGAAGAAGGCAGCAAAGAGAAAGAUCAAAGAGGAAACCGUGACUCUCAGUGGAGCUCAGGAUGAAGUUUCAUUGCAACUCUCCCAUGAUCCCUUCAAGCUGCAUACUAUAGUUAUUGACUGCAGUGCAAUACAAUUUUUAGAUACAGCAGGGAUCCAUACACUGAAAGAAGUUCGCAGAGAUUAUGAAACCAUUGGUAUCCAGGUCCUGCUGGCUCAGUGCAAUCCCUCUGUAAGGGAUUCCCUGGCUAGGGGAGAAUAUUGCAAAGAGGAAGAAGAAAACCUGCUCUUCUAUAGUGUGUAUGAAGCCAUGGCUUUUGCAGUAGAAUCUCAAUAUCAGAAAGGAAUAUGUGUUCCCAAUGGUUUGAGUCUUUCCAGUAAUUGACUGAGAAAGUAUGCACUAGAAAGAAUAAUGUCUAGCCAAUAGGUUAAAAUUUCAGGUGUGCAAUAUUUUCCAGUUCCACACUGGAAGAUGUUGCCCACUUGAAAUUUUAACCUAUUGGCUAAACAUUA